AGCACCCAGGCUGGAAUGAAGUGUCUGUUGUUUAUUCUUUGCACAAGGAAUCAGUCAUCUUGGGCAACCGAUGAAGGGCCGAGGGAUCUGCAAGCCGGCCAGGAACAAGCCCAGCCUGACGGGGAGUGUGUGACCUCUGAAGAGCAGCCACAGCCAACCAUGCAAACCAAGGACCAGCAGGAGAGAUGGCAGAGCACCGAGGCCAAAGAGAUUCAUCCCACCGAGAGCUGCCAGGCUCCGAAUCUCCCCACUCAGGGCAACACGGAUCAACAUUUGGAAAAGCCAUGCCCCUCGGACAGCAGGAGUCAGCCACUAGAGGAUGACCCCCACAGUGAUGCAGGCCUAUCAGAGGUCAGGCUGCAGGAGCCCAUGCCAACACCCAGCUCAGGGACACACAAGAACAGCUCCCAGGAGGCAGUGCCCCCCAAACCCACGGCGACUGCAGAAGAGAAGAAGGCCCCUCCCAUCUUGAGAUCUGCACCAGGACCUCGAACACACAAAGAGGGAGGUGAAGCUGUGGAGACCAAGGCAGCACCAAGGCCUCUUCCUCCACCAGAGUUAAGAGACACUGUUGAGAAGAAGGAGCCGGGCCAAGGGCAGAAGCACCGACACCAGGCUUCGGCAGCUGCAGGCACCCAGGGCCCUGGGAACCCUCGUCGGGGCUUCAUGAAGUGCCUACUGGAGGUGGAGGAGCAGGAGGAAGCCACCCAUCGGAGGACUUUAAAAACCCGGACUCUGACAACCCGGAGGUCCCCCAGGACCCUGACUUCUGUCUCCACCUCAGGCCCCAUCAGCAGCUCAGUCCCAACCUUGCCUCUGACCCUGCUUGAGCCCUCCACCUCAGCUCCAGCUACUGUCCCACUAUGGGCCAGACCACCAGCCCAUGGGCAAGCCCCUGCCUCUGUGGGAUCCCCUGGCUCAGUCCUGUCAGCCCCCACCCAGGACCUGAGCUGGAGAUGGCCAGAGUUCUUACCCCAGAGCAAUGAGAGAAACCUGAACUAUGCCAAGACACGGCAGGAGCCAGAAGAGCAUGGCCUCUUCAAACUGUAUCAGAGCUGGGAGGAGCGGUCUGAGGAGCACCUCACCCUGAAGCAAGAGGAAGCCUUCCGCAGCUACUUUGAGAUCUUCAACGGCCCUGGUGAGGUUGAUGCGCGAAGCCUCAAGAACAUCUUGCUCCUAAUCGGCUUCACCCUUACCCCAAGCCAGGUGGAAGAAGCCCUGAUGAGUGCCGAUGUCAAUGGAGAUGGUCAUGUGGAUUUCAAAGACUUCUUGGCAGUGAUGACAGACACCAAACGCUUCCUCUGCUCUGUGGAACAGAAUGUCCUGAUGGAUAUGUCGCCCCCGAACCCCUACACACUGUUCUUUGAGAUCCUCUCUCUGCUGGUGGAAAUGCUGGCCCUGCCGGAGGUGGCCCUAGAGGAGAUCACGAACUACUACCAGAAGAAGCUGAAGGAAGGCACCUCCAAGACCCGAGAGACAGAAUCGAAUAUGGGCGGGCUGCGAUCAAGGAAGAAGCUUCCUUACAAUGCUCAGCAGCAAGCAGACAGCUUGGAGGUCCCAGAACGAAGGGUCCUCAGGAUCCUGGGCCGGCUGAAGCAGCAGAACUAUGCUGCCAAUCUGCAGAGCCCCUAUGCCCAGGUGCCCUGUAUCCCACUCUGCCCGAGGCUGGAGAAGAAGACGGUCCGUCGAAAGCAGGGUAGCCAUAACCAUCCUGUGCUGGAUCAGUGUGUCUCUACAAGCUUGGGCCCUGACCUCCAUGGCCUCCUCUUUCAGUCAGGACAGCAAGGAAGCAGGGAACACAACUCUGACAGCAGAAAGUGGCUUAGCUCCGUGCCAGCCCGAACCCACUGAUCAUCUGGAAUCCUGGCUCCAGAAGUUCAAGGCUUAAAAGACAGCUGGGCCGUGGGGCAGGGCCUGGCUUUGGGAGUUUGCUUUCAUGGCCUGGUAAGCCAAUAAACACCAAGAACUUCA